AUGCGCCUUGUUCCUCCUUUGUAUAUGCGCCUUGUUCCUCCACCUCCUCCUCCACAUAAGCGCCUUGUUCCUCCACCUCCUCCUCCACAUAAGCGCCUUGUUCCUCCACCUCCUCCUCCACAUAAGCGCCUUGUUCCUCCACCUCCUCCUCCACAUAAGCGCCUUGUUCCUCCACCUCCUCCUCCACAUAUGCGCCUUGUUCCUCCACCUCCUUUGUAUAUGCGCCUUGUUCCUCCACCUCCUUUGUAUAUGCGCCUUGUUCCUCCACCUCCUUUGUAUAUGCACCUUGCUCCUCCACCUCCUCCUCCUUUACAUAUGCGCCUUGUUCCUCCCCCUUUGUAUAUGCGCCUUGUUCUUCCCCCUCCUUUGUAUAUGCGCCUUGUUCCUCCCCCUCCUUUGUAUAUGCGCCUUGUUCCUCCACCUCCUUUGUAUAUGCUCCUUGUUCCUCCACCACCUCCUCCUUCACAUAUGCACCUUGUUCCUCCACCUCCUCCUCCUUCACAUAUGCACCUCGUUCCUCCACCUCCUUUCCAUAUGCGCCUUGUUCCUACACCUCCUUUGCAUAUGCGCCUUGUUCCUACACCUCCUUUGCAUAUGCGCCUUGUUCCUACACCUCCUUUGCAUAUGCGCCUUGUUCCUACACCUCCUUUGCAUAUGCGCCUUGUUCCUCCUCCUCCUUUGCAUAUGCGCCUUGUUCCUCCUCCUCCUUUGCAUAUGCGCCUUGUUCCUCCUCCUCCUUUGCAUAUGCGCCUUGUUCCUCCUCCUUUUUAUAUGCGCCUUGUUCCUCCUCCUUUUUAUAUGCGCCUUGUUCCUCCUCCUCCUCCUUUUUAUAUGUGCCUUGUUCCUCCACCUCCUUUUUAUAUGCACCUUGUUCCUCCACCUCCUUUUUAUAUGCACCUUGUUCCUCCUCCUCCUUUUUAUAUGCACCUUGUUCCUCCUCCUCCUUUUUAUAUGCACCUUAUGAGUUUCCUCUACUAG